AUGAAUUCUCAAUAGCGUCAUUUAUAUCUAAUACAAUCAAUUCCAAAUCUACACAAAGUCCUAACUUCUUUUUUAAGAAAUGCACUAGAUACUUUUAUCGAUUUUGCAGUAUAUAAAUUAAAGUUAGAGUAAUAGAAAUUCAAUAUUAAAAAUAAAAAAAAAAUGCAGGGCCCUUUUUAAGAGAAGGGAGUUCUAACUGACAUAUUGGCUUAAGUUAAAGAUGUGGAUGAAUAAAUAUUUAAUGCUAUAUUAGAAAUAUUAAGAAAGGAAAAAGUUUAAAAUUGUAUUGGAUAUCUUUCUGGUAAUGUAAUUCAAAUAUUUUUAGAAUCAUAAAUUUUAAAACAAAUAGAGAAUAUCACCCAAGCUGAUAUUGAAUAAAAAUUGUCUGUUAUUACAAAUUACAUGAAACAAAUUACAGAUGUAUUAAAAAAUUUAAAAGAUCAUGACUUCAAUUAAAAAGACUUUUCCUCUGAUGAAAAUCAAGAAUCUAAACUAAAUUUAAUUUAAAGCAUCAAGGGUACUAAAAAGGUCAUAUAAUUUCUUGAAUUUUUAGUUCAUCUCACAUCUAUAGAUAACACUUUAAUAUAAUGUGGGUCAAAUUCAUUACAUAUAUUGGUUUAGAUGAAAGCUGACCUUAAAAACAAAAAUUUUGAAAACAUUAAGAUUUAAAAUACUUCUUUGAUGGGAAGUAAUUUUGUUAGAUGUAAUCUAAGUGGAUCAGAAUUUAAUAACGUUAACAUAAGCGGAAUAAAUUUGAAUGGAGCAUUGUUAGUUAAAUGUAAGUGGAAAAACAUAAGAAUCCAUGAAUUAAAUAAAUUUAAUGGUCAUACUAGGGCUGUCACCUAAGUCUGUUUCUCUCCUGAUGGAAAUACAUUAGCUUCUUGUAGUAGUGAUAAGUCUAUCCGUCUAUGGGAUGUCAAAACAGGAUAAUAAAAAGCCAAAUUAGAUGGUCAUAGUAAAAAGGUCUAUUCAAUCUGUUUCUCUCCUGAUGGAAAUACAUUAGCUUCAGGUGGUAGUGAUAAGUCUAUCCGUCUGUGGGAUGUCAAAACAGGAUAAUAAAAAGCCAAAUUUGAUAGUGGUAAUAAAUAUGUUAGAUCACUCUGUUUCUCUCCUAAUGGAAAUACCUUUGCUUUUAAUGAUGCUGUUGGGGCUGUCUAAUUGUGGGAUGUUAAUACUAAGAAAAAAAUAGUCAAAUUUGAUGGUCAUUGUGAUUAUGUUAAAUCAGUCUGUUUCUCUCCUGAUGGAAACACUUUAGCUUCUGGUUGUAGUGAUAAGUCUAUCCGUCUAUGGGAUGUCAAAACAGGAUAAUAAAAAGCCAAAUUAGAUGGUCAUACUAGUACUGUCUACUCAGUCUGUUUCUCUCCUGAUGGAAAUACAUUAGCUUCUGGUAGUGAUGAUAAGUCUAUCCGUCUAUGGGAUGUCAAAACAGGAUAAUAAAAAGCCAAAUUAGAUGGUCAUACUAGUACUGUCUACUCAGUCUGUUUCUCUCCUGAUGGAAAUACAUUAGCUUCUGGUAGUGAUGAUAAGUCUAUCCGUCUAUGGGAUGUCAAAACAGGAUAAUAAAAAGCCAAAUUAGAUGGUCAUACUAGUACUGUCUACUCAGUCUGUUUCUCUCCUGAUGGAAAUACAUUAGCUUCUGGUAGUGAUGAUAAGUCUAUCCGUCUAUGGGAUGUCAAAACAGGAUAAUAAAAAGCCAAAUUAGAUGGUCAUACUAGUACUGUCUACUCAGUCUGUUUCUCUCCUGAUGGAAAUACAUUAGCUUCUGGUAGUGAUGAUAAGUCUAUCCGUCUAUGGGAUGUCAAAACAGGAUAAUAAAAAGCCAAAUUAGAUGGUCAUACUAGUACUGUCUACUCAGUCUGUUUCUCUCCUGAUGGAAAUACAUUAGCUUCUGGUAGUGAUGAUAAGUCUAUCCGUCUAUGGGAUGUCAAAACAGGAUAAUAAAAAGCCAAAUUAGAUGGUCAUACUAGUACUGUCUACUCAGUCUGUUUCUCUCCUGAUGGAAAUACAUUAGCUUCUGGUAGUGAUGAUAAGUCUAUCCGUCUAUGGGAUGUCAAAACAGGAUAAUAAAAAGCCAAAUUAGAUGGUCAUACUAGUACUGUCUACUCAGUCUGUUUCUCUCCUGAUGGAAAUACAUUAGCUUCUGGUAGUGAUGAUAAGUCUAUCCGUCUAUGGGAUGUCAAAACAGGAUAAUAAAAAGCCAAAUUAGAUGGUCAUACUAGUACUGUCUACUCAGUCUGUUUCUCUCCUGAUGGAAAUACAUUAGCUUCUGGUAGUGAUGAUAAGUCUAUCCGUCUAUGGGAUGUCAAAACAGGAUAAUAAAAAGCCAAAUUAGAUGGUCAUACUAGUACUGUCUACUCAGUCUGUUUCUCUCCUGAUGGAAAUACAUUAGCUUCUGGUAGUGAUGAUUAGUCUAUCCGUCUAUGGGAUGUCAAAACAGGAUAAGAAAAAGCCUAAUUAGAAGGUCAUGAUGACUCUGUUAUAUCAGUAUGUUUCUCUCCUGAUGGAAAUACAUUAGCUUCUUGUAGUAGUGAUAAAUCUAUCCGUCUAUGGGAUGUCAAAACAGGAUAAGAAAAAGCCUAAUUGGAAGGUCAUGAUUACUCUGUUAUAUCAGUAUGUUUCUCUCCUGAUGGAAAUACAUUAGCUUCUGGUAGUUAUGAUCACUCUAUUCGUCUAUGGGAUGUCAAUACAGAAAAACAAAAAGCAAAAUUAGAUGGUCAUAGUAAUUAUGUUAGAUCAGUUUGUUUCUCUCCUGAUGGAAAUACAUUAGCCUCUGGUAGUGAUGACGAGACUAUCUGUCUAUGGGAUGUUAAAACAGGAUAAUAAAAAGCCAAAUUAGAUAGGCAUUAUGGAUAUGUUAGAUCACUCUGUUUCUCUCCUGAUGGAAAUACAUUAGCUUCUGGUAGUGAUGAUUGGUCUAUACGUCUAUGGGAUGUCAAUACAGAAUAAUAAAAAGGCAAAUUAGAUGGUCAUAGUGAUUCUGUUAGAUCACUCUGUUUCUCUCCUGAUGGAAAUACAUUAGCUUCUGGUAGUGAUGAUUACUCUAUACGUCUAUGGGAUGUCAAUACAGAAAAAUAAAAAGCCAAAUUAGAUGGUAAUAGUGAUUCUGUUAGAUCACUCUGUUUCUCUCCUGAUGGAAAUACAUUAGCCUCUGGUAGCGAUGAUAACUCUAUCUAUCUAUGGAAUGUCAAAACAGGAUAAUAAAUAUCAAAAUUAGAUGGUCAUUUAUCUGCCGUUAAUUCAGUCUGUUUCUCUCCUGAUGGUAAUACAUUAGCUUCUGGUAGUGAUGAUUACUCUAUACGUCUAUGGGAUGUCAAAACAGUAUCAUAAAAAGCCUAAUUAGAUUGUUAUGAUGAUUGUAUUUAUUCAGUCUGUUUCUCUCCUGAUGGAAAUACAUUAGCUUCUUGUAGUAGUGAUAAAUCUAUCCGUCUAUGGGAUGUCAAAACAGGAUAAUAAAUAUCCAAAUUAGAUGGUCAUUUAUCUGCUGUUAAUUCAGUCUGUUUCUCUCCUGAUGGUAAUACAUUAGCUUCUGGUAGUGAUGAUUAUUCUAUCCAUCUAUGGGACGUCAAAACAGGAUUAUAAAAAGCCAAAUUAGAUGGUCAUACUCAUUAUGUUAUGUCAGUCUGUUUCUCUCCUGAUGGAAAUACAUUAGCUUCUGGUAGUGAUGAUUAUUCUAUCCAUCUAUGGGACGUCAAAACAGGAUUAUAAAAAGCCAAAUUAGAUGGUCAUACUCAUUAUGUUAUGUCAGUCUGUUUCUCUCCUGAUGGAAAUACAUUAGCUUCUUGUAGUAGUGAUAAAUCUAUCCGUCUAUGGGAUGUCAAAACAGGAUAAUAAACAGCCAAAUUAGAUGGUCAUACUCAUUAUGUCUACUCAGUUUGUUUCUCUCCUGAUGGAAAUAUAUUAGCUUCGGGUAGUUAUGAUUGCUCUAUCCUUCUAUGGGAUGUCAAAAUAAUAUUAGAAAUUAAAUUCACCUAUAAAAACUACAAAGAUCUUUAAACAUAAUAUAAAAUUCCACUAAAAUCAAACAGUCCUAUAUCAGAAGGUAAUAUUAAUUUUUUGAUAUUUUUAGUUUCCAAUUACAUCACUACACUCCUUAUAUCCUAAAAGGCAAUAUUUUAAUCAUAGGGAGCCCUAAUUUUCAAAGGAGAGUUUAUAAAUAAAUUAGGUAUAGAUUUAAAGACAUUGUUUAAACAAAAGUGUAGUUAAAUUUUGGAAAACCUAUUAGACUGUGAUUAAAAAUGA